AUGGAUCUGAGGUCAAAGUCUUCACAUCAUGGCAAGACCCAUCGUAAGAAGCAGCACAAGCUCGAAUAUCUGUGCCGUGACAAAAACGUAUGGAUUCGCUCACUGUAUAUCACAGGGUUCAUCGGCUUUUUCUCUGGUUGCUUGUACCAGAGUUGGUCGUUUUUGAAUAUAUACUUCAAGUACCCCACGACCAUGGAAGUGAGUGUGGAGCAGGCGCCACUUCUUCUGUUUCCAGCUGUUACGCUCUGCAACGGAAAUAGAGUUCGCCAGGAUUUAUGGUGUAGUCUUGACCAGGACAUUUGCCAUCAAAGGCCAAACGAAACCACAGAAAAUUACAUCACAAGAAUGCAAGACACUUAUAAAUAUUUAAACCGAAGUAUCAGAAUCUUCAUGGGCCAUACAAGAGAAAAAUUCAUCAAAUCUUGUCAGUUUGAAGACAGAACCUGCGACGGCUUAAUUGGGCAGUACUUUAAUUACGAGUACACAAACUGCUUCACCAUCAAUGCCCGCUGGGAGAAUCGGAGUGGCAAACCCUUUAGUGCCAGCAUGUUCAGGCCUAGGAGUGGAAGAUCUUCAGAAUUGUCUAUAAUGCUGGAUUUGGAGAAAGAUAAAUACAGUCCGAUGAAUCCAGUCGUCAGAGCUCGGAUGACUAUACACGCAGCAGAUACGAUUCCAAAUCCCCAGUAUGAUGGCGUGAGCCUUCAGCCCGGUUUCACAUAUAACUAUGGAAUCAGAGAAAAUAUUGUGCAUGUGUUACCAUAUCCAUACCAGACGAACUGUAAAAAUUAUUCCCAGCUGAAAGAAAUUCGCACCCGCUCGAAACAGACUCAAGAGGGAUGCAUGUCGGAAUGUUGCGUAAGAUUGCAUGUCAAGUACUGCAACUGCACUGUUCAUAGAUUAUCGCUCAUUUAUGACAUCAGAACUUGCUGGAAAACAGAAGAAGAACAGUGCUUAAAAAAUCACGAUCAGAUUGCUAAAGAUCUCUGCUAUCCGGAGUGCAGAAUGCCUUGCACGAAAAUUACUUACGCAUACAUUUCUGUGGACUCAUUUACAUUGCAACAGGGCGCUUGUUAUGACGUAGAUAUGUUUAAUCGAACACUUUCUAAAAAAGAUAAAGACAAUUUGAUCUGUCUGAGAGUAUAUUACGCAUCUGCAGAUUCAGAAGUUUACAGGCAUGUACCAAAAUACAAUGGUAUUCAGGUAUUCAGCAUCAUUGGUGGUUACAUUGGAUUAUGGCUAGGUGUGUCAUUAUUAGAUAUCCAUGGAUCCAUCGUGAAUGGAAUUUUCCUUUGCUGUGCAAAAAGAAAAUCAAAAAAGAGCCUCGGAGAAAACAAAGUUCAAAACUCGAAGAGAAAAAUGUCUAAGUAA